GAGAAAGUUGAAGAUAUCAAUGGUUGUCCUCGAAGCCAAUCUCAAAUGAUUGAGAAUGUUGAUGUCUGCCUUAGCUUUCUGGCAGCCAGAGGAGUAAAUGUCCAAGGUCUUUCUGCUGAAGAAAUAAGAAAUGGGAAUUUGAAAGCCAUUUUAGGACUGUUUUUCAGUUUGUCUCGUUAUAAACAGCAGCAACACCAACAACAGCAGUACUAUCAGUCCUUGGUGGAGCUACAGCAACACAUCUCUCAUUCUCCAUCUCCUCCUGAGAUUGGCCAGUCCAAAACACAGCAAGAUAUGCAGUCCAGGCUUCCUGGGCCCUCAAGGGUGCCAGCUGCAGGCAGCAGUACCAAAGUCCAGGGAGCCUCAAAUUUAAAUCGAAGAAGUCAGAGCUUUAAUAGCAUUGACAAAAAUAAACCUCCACAAUAUGCAAAUGGAAAUGAAAAAGAAUCACCCAAAGGUCCUCACCCAUCUGCAGGUAUGAAUGGAAAUGUGCCGCACCCCACCACCACUGGGCAGCAGCCGGUCUCUGCCAUCCCCUCUCCAAGUGCCAGCAAGCCUUGGCGCAGCAAAUCAAUGAAUGUCAAACACAGUGCCACCUCUACCAUGCUGUCUGUGAAGCAGCAAAGCCCUGCAACCUCACCUACACCACCUGCAGACAGGCUUAAGCCACCUCUUUCUGAAGGUCCCAAAACACCUUCAUCUGGGCAGAAAUCCAUGUUAGAGAAAUUCAAACUGGUUAAUGCUCGGACUGUUUUGCGGCCCCCUCUGUCAUCAUCAAAUUCAGGUCCCACUGAGAGUGGAAGAGAUGAUGAAGCUUUUUCAGAGUGUGGUGAAAUGGAUGGCUUCAGUGGUGGGCUCAGUAGUGCUGGAUCUACCACAAACAGCCCCAAAAUAUCACCUAAAUUAGCUCCCCCGAAAGCUGGAAGCAAAAAUAUCAGCAAUAAAAAGUCUUUGCUACAGCCAAAGGAUAAAGAAGAAAAGAGCAAAGACAAAAGUAAAGUUUGCACUGAAAAGGUGGUAAAAGACGAAAAGGAACAGAUUGCUGAGACACCCGCAAAAAAGACCUCAAAAAUUGCAAGCCUGAUCCCCAAGGGGAACAAAGCAACAUCAGCCAAGAAAGAAAGCUUAAUUCCUUCAUCUAGUGGGAUACCAAAACCUGGUUCAAAAGUACCUACAUCAAAGCAGAAUAGUUCACUAGUAUGUUCAGGAAGUAAAGAGACAGAAAAACUGAGGAAUGCAAAAGGAAACCAGCCCCCAUCUACAGCAAAAUCCCAAGGGAAUGAGAAAACACACGUUCCUUCUAAUCUCCCAGCUUCUGAAGGAAAGGAAUCUAGCGCUGCUCUUACUAGUACAUCAUUUGCGUCUCCUUCAAUGGCUGCAGCCAGUGGGCAAGUCCCAGGAAGCAGCGUUGUCCAACUUCCUCAGCAGCAGCAAUACAGCCAUCCAAAUACAGCCACUGUAGCCCCAUUUAUUUAUAGAGCUCAUUCAGAAAAUGAUAGUUCCUCUAUCCCACCUUCUGACUCUUGUAUCAGUCCUACAAAAAUGGAUUUGGCAUAUAGUAAAACUGCCAAGCAGUGUCUAGAAGAAAUAUCUGGAGAAGAUCCUGAAGCAAGAAGAAUGAGAACUGUAAAGAAUAUAGCUGAUCUGAGACAGAACUUGGAAGAAACUAUGUCCAGUCUUAGAGGAACUCAAAUAAGCCACAGCACACUGGAGACAACAUUUGACAGUACAGUGACAACUGAAGUGAAUGGGCGAAGCAUCCCUGGCUUGACAAGCCGAUCUUCUCCAGUGACCUGGAGGCUUGGACAAGCUAGUCCUCGACUCCAGGCAGGUGAUGCUCCUUCCCUGGGUGGAGGGUACCCUCGCAGUGGUGCUAGUCGCUUCAUCCAUACUGACCCUUCUCGAUUCAUGUACACCACACCUCUUCGUCGUGCAGCCAUCUCUCGUCUUGGGAACAUCCCCCAAAUUGGCAUGGGUGAAAAAGGAAAUAGUGACCUGGACAUUUCCUCUGAUGUUGAUGUUGGAGGAUACAUGAGUGAUGGGGACAUUCUUGGGAAGAGCCUCCGAGCUGAUGACAUCAACAGUGGUUACAUGACGGAUGGAGGGCUCAAUCUCUAUACGAGAAGUUUGAAUCGGAUUCCUGACAUAGCUACCUCUCGAGAUGUCAUUCAAAGAGGAAUUCACGAUGUGACAGUGGAUGCAGACAGCUGGGAUGACAGCAGUUCGGUUAGCAGCGGCCUCAGUGAUACUUUGGAUAACAUCAGCACAGACGACCUCAACACUACAUCAUCGCUGAAGACAGAUUCUGAAAAACGUUCAGUAACUGAUGGAGAACCUUGGGGGAGCAGUGAAGAACUGAAGAAGCCAGAGGAAGAUCUUGAGAGCAAUGUUGACAGCAGUGGCAAGUGGAGGAGCCAUCCUCCUGGGUUGCUUGAGGAUGCUGAGAAGGGGGGGCAAAAAGCCUCUCUCCCCAUUUCUCAGACAGGCUCUUGGAGAAGAGGCAUGACUGCACAAGUGGGAGCAACCUCAUCUAGGCACAAAGCAGGAGGAAGUACUAUCAAGACACCUGGAAAAACAGAUGACGCCAAAGCUUCUGAAAAAGUAAAAACUCCCCUGAAAGGAACUUCCAUCCAGCGGUCCCCUUCAGAUGCAGGAAAAAGCAGUGGAGAUGAAGGGAAAAAGCCUCCUUCUGGCAUUGGUCGAUCAACAGCAACAGGUUCCUUUGGUUUCAAGAAAGCUGGAGUCAGCUCUUCAACAAUAAUCACUGCAAGUGGAGCAACUAUAACAAGUGGCUCAGCAACUUUGGGAAAGAUACCCAAGUCUGCAGCCAUUGGUGGAAAGUCAAAUGCAGGGAGAAAGACCAGUCUAGAUGGUUCUCAGAAUCAAGAAGAUGGUGUGUUACAUAUGAGUUCAAAGACCACUUUGCAGUAUCGAAGUUUGCCACGUCCUUCAAAAUCAAGCACAACUGGGAUUCCUGGCCGAGGUGGACACAGGUCCAGCACCAGCAGCAUUGACUCGAAUGUCAGCAGCAAGUCUGCAGGUGCUGCUGCCACCAACAAAUUGAGAGAACCUACAAAGAUUGGCUCAGGUCGAUCUAGUCCUGUAACCAUCAACCAGACAGACAAAGAAAAGGAAAAAGUGGCGGUAUCCGAUUCUGAGAGCGUAUCCUUGUCCGGUUCUCCCAAAUCAAGUCCAACUUCAGCCAGUGCUUGUGGAACACCAAGUCUCAGACAGCCAGGUUCAAAAUACCCAGAUAUUGCCUCACCCACAUUUAGAAGGUUGUUUGGUGCUAAAGCCAGCGGCAAAACUGCCACUGCACCAAAUACAGAAGGCGUGAAAUCUACAUCUGCCAUGCCCAGCCCUAGUACCACAUUAGCUCGGCAAGGCAGUCUGGAAUCUCCAUCUUCAGGCACAGGUAGCAUGGGCAGUGCAGGUGGGCAGAGUGGAAGCAGUAGCCCCCUCUUCAAUAAGCCGUCGGACUUAAAUACAGAUGUUGUAGGCUUAAGUCACUCCUUGGCUUCAAGUCCAGCCUCAGCCCAUUCUUUCACAUCAGGUGGUCUUGUGUGGGCUGCAAACCUGAGUAGUUCUUCUGCUGGUAGUAAGGAUACACCAAGUUACCAGUCAAUGACUAGUCUCCACACCAGCUCUGAAUCUAUUGAUCUCCCUCUUAGUCAUCAUGGCUCCCUUUCUGGAUUGACCACAAGCACUCAAGAGGUUCAGAGCCUGCUCAUGAGAACUGGAAGUGUCAGAUCUACUCUUUCAGAAAGGUAUACGCCAUCUUCUCGGCAGGCUGGUCAAGAGGAAGGGAAAGAGUGGCUACGUUCCCAUUCUACUGGAGGGCUACAGGACACUGGAAAUCAGUCUCCCUUGGUAUCUCCUACAGCUAUGUCUUCCUCUGCAACUGGGAAAUAUUUCUCUAAUUUAGUAAGUCCAACAAAUUUAUCUCAGUUCAAACUUCCUGGACCAAGUAUGAUGCGAUCAAACAGCAUCCCUGCUCAAGAUUCUUCUUUUGAUCUCUAUGAUGAUUCUCAGCUGUGUGGUAGUGCCACAUCCUUAGAGGACAGACCACGUGCAAUUAGUCAUUCUGGUUCAUUCAGAGAUAGCAUGGAAGAAGUACAUGGAUCAUCAUUGUCACUAGUUUCCAGCACUUCUUCUCUUUACUCCACAGCUGAAGAAAAGGCACAUUCAGAGCAAAUUCAUAAAUUACGACGGGAACUGGUUGCAUCUCAGGAAAAAGUGGCCACCCUAACAUCACAACUGUCAGCAAAUGCCCAUCUUGUAGCCGCAUUUGAAAAGAGCUUAGGGAAUAUGACAGGCCGGUUGCAAAGCCUAACAAUGACAGCUGAACAAAAGGAAUCAGAACUCAUAGAACUACGGGAAACCAUUGAAAUGCUGAAAGCUCAGAACUCGGCUGCACAAGCUGCUAUUCAAGGAGCUUUGAAUGGCCCUGACCACCCUCCCAGAGAUUUGCGAAUAAGGCGACAACAUUCCUCUGAAAGUGUUUCCAGCAUCAAUAGUGGUACAAGCCAUUCAAGCAUGGGGAGUGGUAAUGAUGCUAACUCUAAGAAAAAGAAAAAGAAAAAUUGGGUGAACUCUAGAGGAAGUGAGCUGAGGAGUUCAUUCAAACAAGCUUUUGGGAAGAAGAAGUCUGCAAAACCUCCUUCCUCCCAUUCUGACAUAGAAGAAGUCACAGAUUCAUCUCUUCCAUCCUCACCUAAAUUACCUCACAGCUCUGGAGAUUGUGGAUCUACUUCAAUCAGGCCAUCCCAAUCAACUUCUCUGAUCUGUGAAUGCACAGAAGCAGAGGCAGAAAUAAUUCUGCAGCUGAAAAAUGAGCUCAGGGAGAAAGAGCUCAAACUAACAGAUAUUCGUCUGGAGGCCCUCAGCUCUGCCCAUCAUCUUGACCAAAUUCGGGAAGCCAUGAACCGCAUGCAGAAUGAAAUUGAGAUUUUGAAAGCUGAAAAUGAUCGUUUGAAGGCUGAGACUGGAAACACUGGCAAACCAGUCAGGCCAUGUUCAGAGUCUUCAAGCAGCACAUCUUCUUCCUCUUCGCGACAGUCUUUAGGUCUCUCUCUGAAUAAUUUAAACAUCACAGAUUCAGUUACAUCUGAUAUUUUACUGGAAGAUGUUGCAGAUGGAACUCUCCAUAAAGAAGGCCAGAACGUUAAGAUUAUUGUCACAAUAAACAAGGGCUACGGUCGAUCGAAGGACCAAAGAAUGCAGGCAUAUUUGAUAGGUUCCAUCAGGGUCAGUGGUAAAACAAAAUGGGAUGUAUUAGAUGGUGUAAUUAGACGUCUCUUUAAGGAAUAUGUUUUCCGAGUAGAUCCAUCUACUAGCCUUGGUUUGAGCUCAGACUGUAUAGCUAAUUAUUGCAUAGGUGAUAUAAUUAGAGCCCAUAACCAAGAAGUGCCAGAAUUGCUACCUUGUGGAUAUCUGGUUGGAGAUAAUAACAUAAUCACAGUGAACCUUAAAGGAGUAGAAGAAAAUAGUUUGGACAGCUUUGUGUUUGAUACAUUAAUUCCUAAACCAAUUAGUCAGCGGUACUUUAAUUUACUGAUGGAACAUCACAGAAUUAUCCUAUCAGGACCUAGCGGCACUGGAAAGACCUAUUUAGCCAACAAGCUUGCUGAAUAUCUGAUAACUAAGUCUGGCAGGAAAAAAAUGGAAGAUGCCAUUGUUACUUUUACUGUUGAUCACAAAUCAACCAAGGAUGUUCAACAAUAUCUUGUUAAUUUGGCUGAACAGUGCAAUGCUGAUAAUAGUAGUGCUGACCUUCCUGUGGUAAUAAUUCUUGACAACCUGCAUCAUGUUGGUUCCUUGAGUGACAUCUUCAAUGGUUUCCUUAACUGUAAAUAUAACAAAUGUCCCUAUAUUAUUGGAACGAUGAACCAGGGAGUUUCAUCAUCACCUAACCUAGAACUGCAUCAAAACUUCAGAUGGGUGCUGUGUGCUAAUCACACAGAGCCUAUUAAAGGGCUUUUAUCCAGAUAUUUGAGAAGGAAACUGAUUGAAACAGAGCUAGAGAGGAAUGCCCGCAAUAAUGAUCUCAUCAAAAUUAUUGACUGGAUUCCCAAGAUAUGGCAUCAUCUCAACAGCUUCUUAGAAAGCCACAGUUCUUCUGAUAUAACCAUUGGUCCUCGCCUUUUUCUACCCUGUCCUAUUGAUGUUGAUGGUUCUAGAGUGUGGUUUACUGAUCUCUGGAAUUAUUCCUUGGUGCCAUAUAUAAUGGAAGCUGUGAGAGAAGGACUUCAGAUGUACGGUAAACGUGCGCCUUGGGAAGACCCCUCAAAGUGGAUAGCAGAGACUUGUCCAUGGAGUUCACUGCAGCAUGAUUGGUCAUCAUUACUUCAGUUAAGACCUGAAGAUGUUGGAUAUGAAGGUUAUGCAUCUGCCAAAGAAGGAACCACUUCAAAGCACAUUCCACAGAUGGAAUCAGAAGGAGAUCCUUUGAUGAACAUGCUAUUGAGGCUCAAAGAAGCUGCCACUUACUCAAGUGCCCAGAGCUGUGACAGUGAUACUGCCAGCCACCAUGAUGAUAUUCUGGACCCUUCCCUUGAGUCAACUCUCUGAAGAGCGCAUGGCUUUGGUUAGAGGAGGCUGAUAAACCUAUACCUGUGUUAAGGGCUGCCAGUAGCAUCACGAUGGGGUGGGAUGGGGUGGCUGCUGAAAGAGCAUGUGUGUGCUGUGUUGUAUGGAGGCAGCUGAUUUAAGCAGUAAAGCAAAUCAGAACUGAAAGCUGGGAUUUGUUCAAUUUCAAGUGGAAAGAGCCUUUAACAGGGAGGCUGUGAAGCAGACUGCACACAUACUAGCCAAACUGGAAUCUCUAUGAGUCUUUUAUUUUCUAUUCUUGUCUUGAAAGUUUACAGUGGAAGCAUUUUAUGUGACACUUCAAUAUACUUGGGGGUGCUGCAUUCAUAGUUCUCUUGCUCCUCCUCCUCUUCCUCCUCUAACCUCUGUGGUGCCUCACAGCACAUAUUCCAGAUUGCAACGAUGUUCACAUUAUAUUCUGCUGUCCUUUCCAAAACGAGGUGGACACAAAAUAAAAAGAAGAAUGAGAGGGCGUAUAAACUCAAUAAGCACAAAACAGUAUUGUGCAAUUACCUGACAAACAAUACUGUGAUAUGCUGGAUAAGUGCCAAUUUGAUACUAAACUGCCAUAUUUGCAGUGAUGUGGUUCACCAACUUUUCUGUUUGUUUGCUUGUGUGUGUGUGUGUGUGUGUGUAUUGAAAAAAGUCACCCGUUUUUAUAUCCAAAUUGUUUUUAACCACAAUGGUAUUUUUUAAACACCUGCCCACCUCUUAACAAGGUUGUUGCUGUUGUUGUUAAGCAAUUCUGAUGCUGACUAAAGGUUUGCUUAGGGCUUUGUUUUGAGUCUUUUGGGUGGGGGAAAAAGAGAUCAUUUCCUAUGGUGCUGUCUCACUGCCUUAAAACCGAUUUCUAGACAAUGUUACAGUUGGUUUAAUUUGUUUAAACCAUUGAUUAUUUACACUGUUUCCUUUCUUCAUUUUACUAAUGAGAGAGCAUCAGUGAACACAGUAGCCUUGUGUUUAUAUAUCAAGAUUUUUUUUAAUUAGGUGGCUAGAAGGAUGAACUAUUAAUAUAUAGAUAUAUUAUUUUUAUCUUCUGUGAAUCAAUGACCUGCCAUCUAAACUAUUCAAGUGACCCAAAAGCCACUCUUAGUUAACUGUGAACAGAAAACGAAACAAAAAAGUCCAACACAGUUGGCUCUACCCCAUUUGGAAAGAACUUAUUUAAGCCAGAAACAGAGACGUGUGACAUUUUAUCCAGCAGAGCUGGGUGCACUUGAUUUAGCAUGAGCACAAAUUGUUCUUGAUUUUCCUCCCUCCCCUUCCCCCUUCAUUUGAAGCAUGCUAUUUUAAUUGCAGUUGUUGUAAAUGAAGAAAUUCAGCAUUACAAAAACACUGACACAGUGCUAUUCACUGUGCAAGACAGAAAUGUUUUUACUGUAAGAGGGGAAGGUGGGGGUGAUUUUGCACAGUUUAUUGGGAGGGUAUUGUAAAUACUGAAAAUAAAAAGUGUUGCACAAAUGAAAGGAAACAAAACAGUGACAGCAACAAAAAUACAAAACUAUACUUUAUUCUAUUGAUGUUAAGAAAUGUUUCAUUGACUGAGAAUACCUAUAUGUUGUAAACAAAUCAAAAAUGCAAUCUGUACAAUCUGUUUAAAAAAAGAAAGACAGAUAAACCCAGUAUGUUCAUCCUGUAUUUAGAAUUGUCAUCACAAAGCUGGGGCUAUCCUUGCUAGAAUGAACAUUUGCACUCUUUAAACCAGUCUAUCUUUGAAGAAAAAAUAGAUGCUAUCUGUCCUGGCAGGAUACACCAGACUGAAGGAAAACCCAGUCAGAGUAAUUGGAUAUGCUGGUUAAAAUUAACGUAAAUAAUCUAAGGGCUAUAGCAUUCUACAGACAUGUACUUCAACCCCCAAUCAUGAAAGAACUCAUGUGGAGUAUGUCCACUCACAACAAUAGGACAUGUGCCGAUGAAAUGCUUUCAGGAUACACAUAGCCGAUGGAUAACUUCAGGACAUGUAACUGGUGCUACUAACUCCUACAACAAUAUCUACUGCAAAACAAAUAUUGAAGAAAUCAAUGCAAUUUUCCCUGUCGCAUCAGCUGCAGGUUUCCUGCAUGGUGCUACUGCCCUCAUAACAAAAUCUGCUUUUAUGCACAUAAAAUGUACUCAGAUUGAUUUCCAGCAGCAAAUAUUAGCUGACUGUCUCAUACUGUUAAGCAGCACGCCACUCUCUGGUAAAUGACAAAAAUGAAAGCUCCUUAUGAUUGAUGUAGUCUAAAA